UAACAUUUGCCAAAGAAAACAAAUCUGCUUUGUGACAUAAACCUUGGAACAUUUCUACUUAACUGAUACAUCCGUCAACACUUUACUCUUUAAACAGAAGUUUUUCUUUUCCCGUGCCGAUCGCAUAGGUUCUUGAAUUGUCCAGUUGAAAAAAAAAUAUAACCAACGUACACGUUGUAUUAUUGCUGGUAAAAUAAUUAAUUCUGUCUGUUGUAUGGACGAGUGAGGGAGAAAAACACGAAAAUUUUAUUUUAGUUAAUGUUAUGAAAGAUUUUUGGCGCGUACUGUUAGUUUUUGUUGCAAACUAAUGUUUGCCGGCGUUAUCAUUUUCUCUAAUUUCGGCUUAUUAAUAAAAUUAAAAUGUGAGAAGAAAGUCAUCCUAUUAUUGUGUCUGUUUACCUUCAUCGGCAACAUGAAUCGCGUGCUUAGUUUUCCUCAGUCACAAACCUGUGAUAAUCCGUCCGAAGUUGUAUCGAAACGAUUUUGUUUUUCGUGUAUUUUUUCGGUAUCUUUUAUAUCGGUUAUUUUGGGUUAUUUACUGGGAUCGAGACAAACACCACUUCAUCCUGUUCGAUCUUGUAAUAUCUCAGAUCAAAAUCGAGAUAAUUUUGGGAAAGAUUUCACAUAUGCUGACGUACUUGGAAAAUUAGAAUUAUCAAAUAAAGAUUCCAAUGCGUCGAAUCGAAUAACUAUCUACACAAAUUACGAAGAAGCGUUACUUCUGAAACAACACUUCGAAAAAUACCAAUUUGACGAGAUAUCACCUAUAAGUACUUCAAAUUUAUUGCUUACUUUCAAAAAUAAAUACUCCCCAGAUGCGUUGGAAAUAGUGGUAGAUAAAGGAGAGUUGAGAUAUCGUAAUGCCAGAAACGCUACGUACACGUAUGUAAUUCCAGAUGAUGCCAGUGAGAUUAAAAAUGUCACCAAUCGCGUCUCAGGAUUACCAGUAUAUGGGAACUAUGGCACACUAGACGAUUUCAACUAUUUAAUGGAGAAAGGGAUAUCUCUCCGAGGUUGCAUAAUUUUAUUAAGAUUGGGCAAAAUACCAAUUUUAGAAAAAGUAACUACUGCUUUGAAAAGAGGCGUUAAUGGAGUUUUGUUAUUCGCUGAUCCGCAACAAUAUCCGUACGUUGAUAUGUUUACAGUGACCGAAGAAAUAUCACCUACACUUUUGGCCAAUCUACAAAAAGUGUACAACUCUUUAGAAAUACGUCAGCAAGAUGCACUUUAUGACAAUAACGGUAUCCCUGUUCAAAUAAUUGAAGCGAUGACAGCUCAAAAUAUUUUAAGAGAAAUGGCUGUUAUUAAUAAAUCUCCAGACUCAUGGCGAGGUUCUUUGAACGCCCUGUAUUCCAUUGGACCAGGAUUUGUAUUUCAAAGUGGCAACCUAAUUUUGUAUUCGUAUUUUAUCAACGUAAAUUACACAAGUUACGAUAUUGCUGCGUAUUUAAAAGGCAGUCACGAGCAUGAUCGUUACAUUAUACUUGGAAAUAGAAGAAGAACAUUGAAAAAUGACGAAAAAACUUUUGGAAGCACCAGUACUUUAAUGGAGGUGUCGAAAACAUUAUCAGAAUUAAAAAUUAAUGAGGGAUGGAAUCCAAAAAGAACCGUAGUAUUUUGUAGUUUUGGUUUAGAAGAAGCUGAAAUGUAUUCAGAAGAUUCUUGGGCACAGAUGAAUAAGCAUAUUAUUAAAGAAAGAGCGGUCACGUAUUUAGAUAUAAGAAAAUCAAUGAGUGGUUUGGAAUAUCUGAACGUAAAAUCGAGUCCAAUAUUGAUGGAUUUAUUCGAACGUGUUUCUGCUUUAGUUGAAAAUCCAAACGCUGAAGAAAAAGUAGGUGAAAGAAAAUCUCUUUUUGAUGUAUGGCGCCUUCAGAAAAAAUUCAUCUACAGCGAUUACAGGCAGCAAAUUCUAAACAGUAAAACCAAUUUGACGAGAUCACAAAUAAAUCCAAAAUUUGAAAGUUCAGAUUCUGAAAUCGAAAAUAGAUUAUUUGAUUCUUUUGAAAUACCAAUUCUCAGCGUGGGAUACACCAAUGAGGAAAAUAAACCUAAUACGAAUGAGAAUGCAAGCGGUGCUGUGAAUAUCUUCGAAUACGAAAACGCAAUCGAUCAGUUAUGGACUUUAUUGACGUUUUCACAUGCCAAUAGUUUACUCAUACCCUUGAAUAUCUCCGCAUAUGGCUCAAUUCUCAAUAAUUUCUAUGAAAAAUUAUACUCUGAAAAUGAAAAACACCUGAAAAAUAUCAAUAUAAUAGAUAGCUUCAAACAUUUUGGCGACUCAUUGAGCAAUCUGGCUUCCAAUAUUACAUCAUUCCAAAGUAAUUUUCAAACAUUCGACGAUUACAAAUUAUUAGAAUUGAGGAUAUUGAACGAUAAAUUGAUGCAAAUUUACAGACUAUUAAGAUGCAAUGAACUGAACGAAGUUGACAAACUGCCAAUAUCGAUAGAAACCCAGUAUCCAGUUUUCUUAUCAUUACAACAAGCUUUAAGCGGAGCUCAAUCGAACACUAGUAACUUAAAAGAAGCUCUGAAAAAAUCUCACAACUGUGUCGAUGAAAUCAACUUUUUAUUAAAUGAAGUUAGCUCGUGAAUGAAUCACGAAUAAAUCAUACAGCUGAAAUGUACUGCCAACGAAAACUAAUAGGUUAGGUACCUAACUGUAUUUAGGAGGUGGUUGCGCUGACAGAAGCAAAUUUUGUUUUGCGACGAAGUGACGAUUACGCGCAUGAUUUUACCAAUUUUUACCUAUUUUAUUGUCCGUUCUUUAAAUUGAUAAGUACAUACCUACCCAAAUGUUGCAUUUACAUUUGAUAUAUUAAAUCAAAUCUCUAGCAUGUAAAUUGUUUGAAUAUUUGAAAAAUUGAAGAUUUCAAAUUUCUCUAAGGAAAAAUCUUCAGAUCGUGGAUUAUUAAACGUAAUUUUGAAACACGUGUUUUCAUGUUAAAAAAUUCACAUUUUGGAAAAAAAAGGGCAAAAAAUGGCAAUCUAACGUUGCAAAAAAUAACAAAAUUCUUCGCUAUUCUCGGUCAAAAUUUGACAUAUCAAUUAAAAAGCCAUUAAAAUCAAAUUACUUUCUUCUCCCUCUUCUUCAAAAUUAUAAAAUAUACCUACGUUGAAUGCGACCCAAAAACAUAUCCACCUUGAAAUCGAUGGCAUUUCUAAAAGCUUAUUGACUGUUAUUAGCCUACAUUGCAUGAAGAUUCUACAACCUUUACUCUGGUUUAGAUAUUUACACCUGUUUCUAUAGUGAGAUUUUUACGUUAUUAGGUACGAAUAUUAUUAUAGUAAAAGCCAUUACCAAUGAAAUAUAUGUACGAAGUAGGUAGGUAUUCUUCAAGAAAUUAGCAUAGCUAUUGAAUGUACCUACGAGUAUUUAUAAUUAUCAUUUAAUUACGUGUACUUACCUAUUCUGAAAAUUUUCAAAGACAAUACGGGGGAUGUCUAUAAACAUGACGUAUCUUUUUUUUAUUCGUUCGUUUGUUGUUGUUUUUUUUUUACAUAUCUUCAACUUUAUUCAUUUCAUUCAAUGAGAAUAAGGCAACCUUGAUGUUAAAAAUAAGUUACCAUUCUGUUAAAAAAAAAAAUCAUUCGAUGUGAUAAAUUUUGUGAUUGUCCACUAACCCUAAACCAAUGCUCAAUUUUAUUCUAAAUCAAAAUUAUCAUGGAGUUGUCUCAUUGUAUCCUAAAAUAAUGAGAAAUUGAGAAUUCAAAUCAUUUUCUGGAUUAUACUGAUCAUACUUCAAGACAUAACUAGAAUACGUGUACUUGUAUCUUUAUACUUAGGUACCUUGAAAAAUCAAUAUUGCUGCAUAUUUUUUAAGCAAUUGAAUCAUUCAUCAUAGGCUUUUACUCGGCUGUGACCUCCGAAUACGUAAUAAAUCCAAUAUACAGUGUAAUUUUUCAAAGGAAAAGAAUCUCAACUUGAAAGAUGAUCAAUGAUAAUGAUAUUUAAACGUUUUAUUUAGCUUGUCGUAGAAUAGAAUUCUACAUAUUAAAUGAAUGAAAUAUGCUAUAAUACUUACCUAUGUAUACCAAGGCCUAUGUAAAAUUGUAACUAUUUCAUUUUAUUCAUAUGUAUUUCUUUUUUUUGUUUUCGUUUCAUGUGUGUGUUGAAUUUUAAAUAAAUGUCGCUUAUAAAGAGAAAAA